AUGAUACAUUCCGCACCAAAACCUCGGCGGCUAUCUACUGUGUCCUCCACUUCAGUAUCAGUGCAAGCCAAAAACCGUCCUCAAGCAGUAAAUAGUAACAAUAGCACAAAUUCGCCUACUACAAGUACAAUUAGUUCACAGGGUGCUUCCAACCCUGAGAUUUCGUGGUUACAACAACCACCUGUAAGAACAAACAUCGCUGGACAACAACAGCAAUAUCACCAGACACAGCUCUCAUCCUCAAGAGUCAACUUAUCCCCACAUAGGAAAACUUCUCUAAAUGGGAAGAAAAUAAAAGAGGAUAGUAGUAGGAGUAACUCGCUAAGGUCGGUUGAUAGGCUUGAAUUAGCAAGUUUAGAUCAGAAAUCUUCUCAAAAUUCGCCAUCGGCUAGCUCUGCUUCAUCUCCGCAAAGAAAAUCUAUAUCGAAAAGUAAAGAGGAAUCAAAAAUAGAAUCCACAGAAACUAGCUCUUCGAAGCACUCAAAACAUCAAAGUAAAAAGUACAAGGAACAGCAGGCAGAAGUCAUGAAAACUUUUAAGAAAUUGCAGUCGUAUGAAAGUGAACUUGCAAGUCAAACAAAUGAGACUAUAGCAAGAAUGAAUACUUUAUUUAAUAUAACGCAAACUCUGCCCGGAAAAGAAAAUGAUAGUGAUGAAGAUGCAUUUGGUACAAUCGAUGAUGUACACAAUAACAAUACUAGUCGCAAUAAUUCAUUGUCAAAGGCUUCUCUCGUGGGAGUUGAUAAUAAAAUACGCCGUUCAACUUCUGCUGCUAAAAAACGAAUAACGACAAAUUCCUCAUCAUCCACAACUCGUCCAAAGUCACUAUCACGACAUCCUAGUUCUAUGGAAAUAAGUCACCCGAAUGUAAAUACAAACUCACAUGGAAAUGAAUCUAUUACUUCGGUAGGUCGCCGAAGAACAAGUACAGCAGACGGGAUUCCAUUAUUGAGGUCAAGUAGUUAUGGUCAUAAUAGAUAUUCUAGUGACAUUUCUGGAAUUGGGGUCGCCGUUACUACAAAUUCACGAGUGGAUAUGUCUGAAAAAAAAGCAUUAAAAGAGACACGCUCUAAUGAGAGAUUAGCGCAUUUAAUGCAAUUACAUGAUCCAAAAAAAAAGGAGAAAAAACGUGCAACUUUAGAUCCAUCAUUAUCGACAAAAACUAAAUUUUCAUUGGAAGAUUAUUCAGCUCCUUUGCGACGAAGGGGAACAAUUGAUUUAAAUUUGACAAAAUCUUUGCCGCAAUCGAGUGUAUUAUCUAAUGAAUUACUCGAUGAUGAUGAGUUGAAUAGAAUGGAUGAUACACCGUCUCCAAUGUUUCCUGGUGUCACUCGCUCUAAAACUAUGCCGAUACCAGUUCCAAAAUUACCUUCAACGCCUACAAAUUCAAAAUUACCAUCUCCAAGUAUUCAUCGCAUUCACAGUAGUACGGGACAUUUUCCUACCUUAUCAUCAAUGAAGAACAACAAUAAUAGCAAUAUGAAUUCAUCAAAAUCCGUAAAAUAUGAUUACUCGCCGUCUGUGGAUAUAUUAUCGACAUCUGCACCGAGUGUCUCAAAGCGUCGUAAGUCUGUUACAUCUGGUGUCAUACAAUCUUCAUCUAAUUCAUCUAGUGCAUCAUCAAAAUCAACGAGUAGAACAACAACCCCAACUUCAUCACUUGCUAACCAUCGCCUUUCUCAUCCGCCUCCCUUGAAAUUAACACAACUGCCACCACCAGUUCCUUCGAUGCCUCCAAGCAUGCUUCCACAACCACGGCCUCGUAGCCAGCAAAAGCUAAAUAAGUCAGAAGACCUUCCUCCUGUACCUGCAUUACCUUCAUCCAUUAUGAAGGACUCUACUAGUAAUUUAUCGGGAUCAGAUCGUAAAUCUGUGAUGAUAUCUGAACCUCUAAAAAGUGGUGAAAGUUCGCCUAAAGGUAAGAAAGAAAGGGCUUUGGAGAGUCAGGCAUUCACAAAGAAACCUCCCGGUACCAGGAAAAGAGGAACGACUCUUCCAAACAGUACGGCUGUUCCGCCUGCUCUUAAGCCCAUGAUACUACCUCCUAUCAAUAUUCCACCAAUAUCUGCAUCUAUGAACCGAAUACCUGCUCCUUCGAAAACACCUACAUCUUUGGAUGUUAGAACAUCAAUUAAAUUGACAACUCCUACUUCUGCUCACACUCCAAGUUUUACAAAGAUUCCUACUCCAACAAGAUCCUUAAAAAGCAGCACUGGAAUUUCAUCUCCAAGCGGAUUAAGAGGACUUCUUUCAAAUCAAAGAAUCUCGCCAAAUAAUAAAUCGACUGAAUUUGCGAAAAAUACGCGUGUUAACGGUCGAAAAAGUGCUACAACUCCAACUCAGCUUCUAGCGGUUGCCCAAAAAAGUACCAAGAAAGCAGCAGCAUCCCUAAAUUUCUUGAAAACUCAUUCGCCUACGAAAGCUCCAAGCCCAAGCAUAAGCACCAAUGAGAAACCCGCAUCAAGACCAAGGCGAUUAUCAAAUACGACUUCGUCAAUAUUUCCGAAUAAUAAAUCCUCUAAUGAUGUGUCGAGUCAUAAUAGCAUUACAAAAUCUAUUAAUCUUCACAGUCCAAAAUUAGGCUCUAAUAUGCCAAUACCCAGAAAGCCUCGCACCAUAUCAGGGCCUGCUACUGCUAAUCCUACCUCAGUAUAUUUGGGAUCACCACUAACAGCAAAAAUGAGAUUAGGAUUACCAAAUGACUCCUCUCUCUCUAUAUCAUCCUCUUCAUCGAGUGGUACACCGAACAGCUAUAAACCGGGUGAUGAUGAAAUGUCAACGAGUGGCACUCCGCCAAUGACUCCAAUAGAAGCUUUAAAAUCAAAUGCUCCGUAUUUAUCAUUAUAUGAGCGUACAGAAAUUCUCGAUUACCCUAAUGUAUAUUUUGUGGGGCCUAAUGCACAAAAGAAAGCCGCAAGCCCCGAAUUAACUGGAUGUAAUUUCGGUUAUGAUGACGAACGUGGUGAUUAUCUAGUUGUCACUGGUGAUCAUCUAUGUUAUCGGUACGAGAUUUUAGACAGUUUAGGGAAAGGUUCUUUUGGUCAAGUCUUAAAAUGCCAUGAUCACAGUACUGGAGAGAUCGUGGCCGUAAAGAUAAUUAGAAAUAAAAAGCGAUUCCAUUGUCAAGCUCUUGUUGAAGUAAAGAUUUUGGAAUCUUUGAACAAAUGGGAUCCGGAUGAUUCACACAACAUUAUUCAUUUAACCGAUCACUUUUAUUUCCGGAAUCAUUUGUGUAUUGCCUUUGAGCUUUUAAGUAUCAAUCUAUACGAAUUUAUAAAAACCAACAGUUUCCAAGGAUUCAGUCUUGGAUUGAUAAAAAGAUUCUGUACACAGCUUCUCAACUCUCUGUUGUUGCUUCAGAAACAUAAUAUUGUCCACUGUGAUCUGAAACCGGAGCAUCCUACAAAGAGUAGCAUAAAAGUAAUUGAUUUCGGUAGUAGCUGUUUUGAAAAUGAAAAGGUGUACACAUACAUCCAAAGUCGAUUUUAUCGAUCGCCGGAAGUCAUCCUAGGGAUGACGUAUAAUAUGGCUAUUGAUAUGUGGAGCUUAGGGUGUAUUCUCGCUGAGUUAUAUACUGGGUAUCCACUAUUUCCUGGUGAAAAUGAGCAAGAGCAACUUGCUUGCAUUAUGGAAGUACGGGGUUUACCAGAUAGAUAUCUCGUUGAGAAGAGUGAGAGGAAGAAGCUGUUCUUUGAUUCGAGCGGCAAUCCUCGUCCUAUUACAAAUUCUAAAGGAAAGCGUAGGCGUCCACAAUCAAAGACUUUGGCACAGGCAUUGAAAUGUCAAGAUGAAGUCUUUUUAGAUUUUAUAUCUCGAUGUUUGCAAUGGGAUCCAGAGAAAAGAAUGAAACCUGAUGAAGGUUUAAUGCAUGAAUGGAUUACAGAUGUGAAACUUCACCGAAGAACAUUGACGACACCAACACGAGAAGAUUUUUCAACCAGAACGACCAGCUUAACUAGUAAUAGUCGUUCUUCACAAUUCUCAGCCACCAGUUCCAUACAUAAUUAUAACAGUAAUGAUUCGAAUACAAAUCAAUCAAGCCAAUCGACGACGUCGAAUAUCACGUCACUUCAUCGCAUCCCUACGUAUCCUCAACCAAGACGUAGUCUAGAUGCUGCACCACAAGCACCUACAACACGAGGAUCGGGUAUCAGACAAUUUGGAAAUUCAAUAUCGUUAGCUUCAACUAGAAAUGGAAAUGAAAAUAUAUUAAGCGCAAACGGUUAUUUGACUAUGUAG